AUGGACUCGCACCACGCGUCUCUUGGACGUUGGACUUUGGAGGAGAUUCGUCAAAAGAGAACAGCUCAAAGGCCUAGCAAAGCUUCUUCAGGGACAGAUCUUGGUGCUUUAUAUUCUCAACACAAAGAACAUCAGAAGAAGUAUGCUGAUAUGGAGGAUCACAACAAGAUCUUAUCCUCAAAGCUUCAGUCAAAUGAAGCUGAGAAUGAAUCACUUGAGUCUCAGCUGAAUGUGUUAGAACAAAACACAGUGCCGUCUCUGAGAAAAGCUCUCAAGGAAAUUGCAAUGGAGAAAGAUGCUGUUGUCGAGGAUCUCUCAGCACAAGUUAGGACUCUGAAGAAACGUGUUAAAGAGGCAGAGGAGGAGCAAUAUCGAGCUGAGGAAGAUGCAUCAUCUCUCAGAGCAGAGCUUAACUCGAUACAACAGCAAACAAUGGGUACUUUAUUUGUUGCAGUUUCCCCGGACCAAAAAGAAUCAAUGUUGAGGCAGCAAGAACAACAACGUUUAGCUGAAGAACAAACCCGAGUUGCUUCUUUAAUGUCUGAAAAUCAGGAACUGCUCAUGUGA